GGCCCAAAAACUAGCAGCACAAAGUACAUCGGCAAAAUCAUCACGCACCAGCGAUAUGUCAAAUACUUCCGCACGCAAUGGUGGCUUCUGUGGCGCCUUACAAAGGGCGCCACCGCCUAUGCCACCCGGUUUAGCGCGACGUUUGGCCAACAAGGAAAAUUAUGGUAUCGGCAAGGUUAAAGUUAUGCUGCGUGUUUCCGAUACCCACACAGAUCCGGAUACACCACACUUUAUGACAGUCGAUAAGAAAAAGCGUCAAGUUACGCUGACAGAUCCAGCAGCGGCCUCCAAUUUGGCGGCUUGUUCAUCACAGGAACGUGGUCCCAUGGUGGCCGCACCCAAAAUGUUUGCCUUCGAUAAUCUUUUUACAGCGGAAGAUCAACAGUCGGAUGUCUGUGCAUCUGCUUUGUCUGAAGUAAUCCCUGCCGUUUUAGAAGGUUCCGAUGGCUGUCUGCUUACCAUUGGUUAUCCAAAUUCCGGUCAGUCCAAGACUAUGCUGGGCGGUGUUAAUCCACCCACGGAAUUGGGUGGCAUUCCAUGUGCCAUUUCAUGGCUCUACAAGGGCAUUAAUGAACGUCGCCAAAAGAGCGGUGCACGAUUUUCGGUGCGUGUCAGUGCUUUGGGUGUUAGUGCCACGAAACCGGAUUCAACGUCAAAGGAUUUAUUGGCUGCUCAUGCAACGGACUCUGAUGACUCUCCGGGGGUUUAUUUGCGUGACGAUUUUCUGGGUGGCCCAACCGAGUUGCGUGCCCCCACUGCUGAACGUGCUGCCUUGUUCCUAGAUGCUGCCCUGGCAGGACGACCACAAGGUGGUCUUGAGCCAGCCAUGAUAUUUACCCUGCAUGUCUAUCAAUACAGUCUAUCACGUAAAGGUGGAGUGGCUGGUGGCCGAAGUCGUUUGCAUCUUAUCGAUUUGGGUGGAUGUGCAAAUCGUACUGGUGGCCUACCCCUCUCCGGUAUUGGUAAUAUUCUGCUGGCCAUAUUAAGUGGUCAGAGGCAUCCGCCCAACAAGGAUCACCCACUGACGCCACUGCUGAAAGACUGUCUGGCACCAUUGACGUGUCAUGUCUCCAUAAUGGCUCAUGUUAUGCAUACCCAGUCGCAUACGGAUGCCUUGACGACCAUACAAUUGGCUUCACGUAUACACCGCAUGCGAAGGAGAAAACAUCGCUUCCCCCUGGGUGGUGAUAAAUCAGGUGUGGGCGGCCUCACUUCCGGUCUAAAUGGCCAUCAAUCUACUGGUUCAUCGGCGGGUUCUGGUGCUGACCCUUCAAGUUCAGAAUUAUCAGCAGACACAGUCAUUUAUAUGGGACCAGGUGACGAUGCCACCGAUGGUGAACAUCCUCCUGUCUAUUUACCCUCACUGAGUAGCGGUGAUAACCGUGGUGUCAUGAGCAAAGCUCUCAAGGGCAGUGGUGUUGAGAAACAACAGCCAAGUCCCUCAAAGAUACCAGGUUCGGCCAAAAAAGUCAUAAGCCAAAAAGCAACACCACAAAGUCCUAGCAUGGCUGGACGAACGGGUAGCUUGAAACGUGGCACACACAGUCCCACACGUCAAUCGGCGACACAAAACACCAAUACCACAGCCACCGCCGCCGCCAACAGCAAUGAACAAAACCAAUUCUUUUCGCCUGUGCACAGCGUCAAAACGUUGCCCAAUUCCACCUCAUCACCGAAAAUCGUGGCGGGUUCGUUAAGGCAUCCUGGUAUGACCAUGAUGUGUUCAAAGGCUUCCAAUGUGCCAUCACCUAAGGGUUCACCUUUAAGGAGACCUGGUGUGGGUGGAGCUGCCCUUAAUACCAACACCGAAUCCGGUGAGUGUCCCGGCAGCCCCAUGCGCAAAAUAACUGAAGAACAAUGGAUCGAUGGUCCGAGAGUGUCACGGGCCAAGGUAGCCGAAGCACGCCAUCUCAUGCGUGAGGUCAAUCACAUAAAACAAUGUGAAACCUGGAUAGAUGGCCCCAAGUCCCAGUCCAGUCGUUCUCUUACAGCUGGCAAUUUACCCAUUGCUCCCUCACAGGCUCAAGGUUAUGGCUUCAUGGAUUCCCACAAAAAGUCGAUGAUACGGCAGUGGGUUGAAUUCCAAACUUCACAAGUCUUCCAAACGGUUUCGGCUGGUUCAUCACCAACGCACACCCACCGCGAACAACAGGCCCAACAUUUACGCAACAUAACCUAUCACAUGUCUCAACUGAAGCAAAAAUCGCUAGACAACACCGAAGAUAUUUACGCGACCAGCACUCGGCAGCAGACACACCAGACGAAUGGUGGCGAUCAGCAUUCGCUGCACAGCAGCCAAUUGGAAUUGGUAAAUCCUUUGGGUCCUGGUCUAACCAAUGCCGUCAGUACUACCAAUGCCUCAGCCCCCGCCGAAAUCCGUGAAGCUCAUCACUAUCGACAAAACUCCACUCAUUCUCAGCCAGCACCCCAACAACAACAAUCCUCAUCGCAUCCCAAUGCCAAUAUGGAAUUUAAUAACGAAGAGACUGAUUUACACUCCUUACAUUCGCACAGUAAUGUGGGCUAUGGCCUCAUAGGGCAACAUCAUUCCCAGGUGCCGCAUCAUAUACCCACGGCCACUGCAUCGGAAUCUAAUUUACCAAUGGAUCGACAAAAUGAUUGUGAUGAAGAUCAAGAUAGUGGUCCAUCGGAAGUACCACCAGCAUUGCCAUUAAUCGAGCCAUUGGGUUCGCGGGAAAUUUCUCAUGAAAGUUUACAUCGUAUUUUGUCAAGGCAUGUCUCAAGGGAAUCUCUAUAUCAGCAGCAUCAUCACCAGCAGCAGCAACAUCCCGAUCUUAGACGUCAUGAGGAACAGCAGCAGCAACAGCAUUUGUUGCAAAGGCAGUUGUCGCGACAAUCUUCGCAUCAUUACUCACAACAUAGUAUGGGUAUGUCUGAUUGUGGUCUGCAGGUCACCGAGGAGGAAAUCGCCCGCACUAUGUCGGGAGGAGAUCAUCCUUUGGCUGCUUUGAGCCACGUGGAAAAUAUGUCCAUUGUAUCGAGUUUCAAUAUGGCUGGCGAUGCGUUCAGUGAUUGUGCCAUGGGUGAAAGAACGAGGAACCAAUUUGACCAAUUAGCGCGUUUACGUGAGAUCUUUACCUCACAGCUAGCCAUGGCGGAAGUAACACCGGUCUUUCGUUCUGGUUGUGAUGUGGGCAGUGUUUAUAGUGAACCAGCAUAUCGUUUUAAUACCGGCCCUGGAAGUGUAUGCAGUGAACCGCCCUAUAGGCCACCCAGUCCCAGACAACCAUCACGAAGUCCCAGCCAAGGAAGUCUGCCAAGUCUGAAUGGUAUUAUGCAGAUAGCUGGUAUGGAACAAUAUGCUUCUCUGCGACAUCCUGAUGGUGCUUCCGAUCCUAAUCUGCCGAAAAUUGAAAAACCUUUCGUUUUGGAACAUGAAGAUAUCCACGAAGUUGAUGAAAAAUCCGCCCUAUUAUCGCCCUCGAAGCGUUCAUCCCUGGAGCAGGGUGAUGAUGAACAUGACGAUGUGAUUUUGACACAAUUGAAUACUACCCUACCCAUUACCACACAAUCCCAACUACCUCUAUUACCCCUAAAUACCUCUUCCGAAGCAUAUGAUAGUGGUCAUGACAGCUCAACACCCAGAACCUCAAAACAUUCGGGCAUCUCACGUCGUGCAGAGAGUGGUUAUCACAGUGUGGCCACAGCACGUGACAGUGAUGAAAGUAGUUUUACAUCGGGUCUCUCCAAGGAACAUCACAAUCGUAUUACCAUUACGAAAAAGAAGCGUCAGGAUAAAGGUUUGUGUACAUGGCUAAUGAAUCCUUUUACCUGUACUUAUCCCGAAACUGAGGGUGAAAUUAGUGAUUUUUAAAAGUGAAAAUAAAAUAGAAGUGACAUAAAAAACUUUCCUCUGACCACCGAACCAG